UUCAAAAUGAUACAUCAUCAGCCGACGAAGUAUCAUCAUGCUAAUCCACUAACACACUUCCUGAAUCUUCACACAUCGCAUGCCACAGCAGCGGCGGCAGCCGCACUAGCACUAGCAACCGAUGGUUUGGGCCACAGCCAUGGACAACAUCUUCAUCAGCAAACAGUGGCUUCGGGAGUGGUUGGCCAGCUGCACCAACAGCAGCAGCAUUUGCACUGUUCUGUCCCAAAUUCAUCGCCUGCGCACCAAUCAUUUCAGGCCCUCACCCACCAUCAGCCAGAAAGACUAGUAGAAGGUCCACCGGCGGAUACACUCAGCAGAGCCGGACGACGCCCUCGAUCUACACAAAGUUCCCGAACGGACGAGGAGGGCGAACAGGACGAGAGCAGCAACGAUAAGAGCUUUCUGGAGGAGUUAGGUGGACAAGAGCUUAAGCGGGAAGCGUACGAUUCAACGGUUGAAAUGUGUCAAGCGGAAGGUGGAAGUGAAUCGGAAAACAAUAUCGACAUCGAUAUUGAUGAUCCUGAACCGCAGGGGCCGUCUGAUGGACGUACAACACACUGUGAGUCGAUGGACAGUGCCAAGGGCAAAGAUACGCAUACGGAGCGGGAAUCAAGCAUGGCAAAGACGACACCAUCCGCUAGCGAGCAGGAAGAUAAUGAAGAGGAAGAAAUCGUCAUCGAUGGAAAGAGUGCGCACAAAACUUCACAGGAGAGUAGUGAUAGAGCUGUCCACAGAGCAUGUGGUAGUCCUUGCAACGAAUCCACCACAGCCGUGCUCGAUACGGACAGUUUCGUUGGAAAAUCUUUUACGAUAGCAGCCAUCUUAGGGUUGCGAAAGAAGCAGGACGAGGCAGCAGCAGCUGCUGCAGCAGUUGCCAACGAGUACAAUGAAGGUGUGAUGAAUCUUUCCACCGGUGCUGGCUUUCAGCAGCAGCAGCAACGUGUUGCCGCGGCGGCCGUAGCAGCUGCAGCAAUGGGACGCUUGCCACUUGUGAUGGCGGCUGCUGCUGCCGGUAUGGAGAAACGUGACCGGGCCGAUAGUGUGGAUAGUGUAGACACCUGUGGUGGAGCGCUAGGAUACGGUGGACAACAGCCACCAGGAGCUGGCCCAUUGACUGCACUGCAAAAUCUUCAUCAAUUACCCGCUUUGCAUGGUUCUGUUGGAGGGAGCUUUACCGGGUUCCAUCCAACCGGUGGUGGGGCAGCUGGUGGACAUCCAGGAGUGCAUCAACAACCACACCUUCAGGGCCACCAUCCGCAUCAGCACCACCAUCAUCAACAUCAUCCUUUGCAUCAUCAGGUUAAUCCACACUUUACUGCUCACCAUUUCCAUCACCAUCAAAGCCAGCAACAAGUGGGACAACAUCAGCAGCAACCAUCACAGCAGCAACAGCAGCAUCAACAUCAACAUUUGUCACAACAUUCAGCAGCCCAUCAGCAACAGCUUCAGACUGGGCAUCAUAUGGCACUGGGGGGACCACAUCAUCAUGCACAAAAUCAUAAUAGGGAAAAGUUUAAAGAACUGGGUAAGAAGGCAGCCAUGUCCUCAUCGGCCGCAUCACUCAAAAGUAAACGAGUGCGUACUAUAUUUACACCCGAGCAGCUCGAACGUCUUGAGGCGGAAUUCGAACGACAACAGUACAUGGUUGGACCGGAACGACUCUACCUUGCACACACGCUCCAGCUAACGGAAGCUCAGGUUAAAGUGUGGUUCCAGAACCGACGGAUCAAAUGGCGCAAACAUCAUUUGGAAAUAACACAACAGCGGUUGGCGUUAAUACGACAACGACAGAUAGCUAGUGGUGUUCCGAUCCCUACCGGCGAUGCACAGACCCAUCAUGUGCAACAACAACAACAGCAACAGCUGCAACAAAACGGCAUGAGUGGAGGGCGCAUCCUGAACGCGAUGGAUUCUCCCGAGCUUACGAUAUGCACCGAUUCGAUGGAUGCUCGCAGUAUCAGCGAUGGAGACGAUUAG